AUGACAUCAAACGUCUAUACGAUCUCGUUUGUAUUGGAGAAAAUCCAUCAAGUUGUUCAACCCUACUUCGAACUUCGUCUUCGAUUCCAAGGCCAUGACUGGUGUAGCGUCGGCGAGGUUGAAACGAGUGAUUUACCAGUCGGCUUCACUUUCACCACUAUACUGACGUCGUUCAAAAACUCUCAACUGUUCACUAUCGACAUCAGUCUUUCUAAUGGAUCGUCGUUUUCGGCUCAACUUCAACUUUCGAAACUUCCUCAAAUGGAUGUUCUAUCGUCGCGAGGGAUGUCAGUCCUCUACUCGACUUCACAUGGUGCUCAAGUGCUUGCUAUAACGUUGGCCGUAAAAAUCACGAAGUAUUACCAUUCACCCACACAGGAAUAUGAAAUCAUAAGAACACAAUCCGAGACCCAGACCGAACGCAUCGAAACUCGAACUGUUCAAGUGCAGGUUCGUCGACGUUGCUCUACAACUGCGUCGAACACGGAGCUUCAUUUACUUACUGCAACCGAGCUCGAAGAUACGGUAGCAAACGUUGUUUCUCAGUAUUUGAAGCACCCGGAACCAUCAGUUCAACCUGGGCCAUCAGCCACGGAACCAGUGCGGCCGGUGCGGCCUAGUUCUGAGGGAGUGAAGAAGGCAGAAAAGCCUCUCAACGGGGCAUUGGGCAAGAAUCUGAUACCUCGCCUUCAAAAACUUCGAGUUCUCGACCGAAUGAUCGGCGAACGAACAGCACUGGUGGAACAUUUUGAUGCAAAUUUCGUGAAACAAGAGAUCGCCCGCAAAAAGGCAUUUAUACUCAAGUGCCGGAUGGCUAAAGACGAUUUGGGGCCUCCUACAAAACCGAAAGCCCCGCCGUCAAAGGCAUCCACCAAAUCAACCCGUGAGAUAGCGACACAGUCCGAAAAAGUAACUUCGCCGUCGAAAUCUUCUACUACAUCUCAAACGAAUUCUGAUUCGGAGAGCAGUGAAGAAUCAGAAGAAUCCGAAGACGAGUCAGAAGAAUCAGCUUCGACAUCUGCUGAAGAAACGUCGACGAGCGCAAGCAGUACCUCUUCAUCGAGGGAAACCGUCCUGAAGGUUAACCACCCUACAGUGCCGCCAGGAAAGCAGCCGGUUGAGAAGGAUGAAAGGGCCGAACAAACCACCAGGUCAUCUCCUCCACCUUUGUCACCAACCAGUCUCUACCUCAAACAACUUCGGGAAAAAAUUCUCAAAGAACGGAUGGGGAAGAUCUGA